CUCGCGAUCACACUACACUUCAAAUCUUUAUUGGCACCGCAUCUCACCUGUGCUCUGUGUUAUAUAAAUCUUAAGCAUUUGACAGAAUUAAAUGAAGACAUAAAUAACCUUUUGUUUUUUGGUGAGAAUUACCUGAGGCAUUUCCAGGUAAUUGUAAAAUAGUUGAAAGGUUUCUGAUUUCAAACCACCAAUUCAACCGAGUUUGACUACCCACCAGUAGAGUAACGUAAUUAGUUCACAUUAAGUGAAACAAAGCGGUCUGCAUGGUGUUCAUCAUUCCAUCAUUUAUGGCAUCAACCCCCUCAAGUGCCGGUCAUUUGAAAGUGUUAGCCACGAAACUGUACAGUGACUUGAAUAAUAGUAGAACUAUAAGUAUUUUAUAUAAAUUGUAGAUAUUAAAUUGAAUUUGAAUUAAGUGUGAGUGUAGAGUGAAGUGAGCAUGACGGUGUUACAACACGUGUCCAGGGUUCGCGGCCUGUGCAGGCAGCUGUUGAUGGUGGUGCUAAUUAACAUUCCCACGGUGUCGCUGGGCCUGGCGAUGGGGUGGGUGUCCCUGGCGAGCGGCGAGCGGAGCGGCGGCGGCGAGGACGGCGGCGAGGCGGGCGGCCGGGUGGUGGCCGCCGCCGCUACUACGUUCCUGGCGUCGCUGGUCGGAGUGCCGCUGAGCGCGCGCGCUCUAGCAAACGGCAGGAAAUUCGCUGUCAUCGCUACCUCCGCUUGCUUUCUCGUGUGCUGGGCCCUGAAGCUGGUGGGCGGCGGCUGGUGGGUGGUGUCGGCGCGCGUGGCGGCCGGGCUCGGCGGCGCCGGCGCAUUCUCCAUACCGCCGCUCGUUGCUAGAGAGAUGUGUGAGGCGAGCGUGCACGGCGCCGCCUCCUCGGCGCUCAUCCUGGCGCACAACCUGGGCUUCCUGCUGAUGUAUCUCGCCGCCGACCUUGGAUUACAGCACAACACGGUUGCAUGGGCGUGCCUGGGCGUGUCGGCGCUGCACUGCGCGCUGUUCCUGUUUGUGCCGGAGUCGCCGGCCUUCCUCUGCGCCAACGGAAAGCAGCAGGAAGCAGCGGCGUCAUUGGCGUGGCUGCGUGGGCUACCGGUGGGGCACCCGGCACUGUCUGCCGAGCUGGCCGCACUGCCGCCGCCCGACCCCGUGCCCCUCACUCCCUUCGCGCUGCUUAAGGAUCUGCUAAAGGAGCAAGGUCGUCGUCGCGCCUUCAUCAUCAGCUUCGUGGCGAUAGUCGGUCAGGAAGCAUGCGGAGUGUACACUCUCAUGCAAUUCGCCGAACGCGCGUUCGUCCUCGCUCGAGACGCCGGCGUAGAAACCGCAGUACUGACAGCAAACUCCACGGGAGUUAUCGCAAACGAACAUGGAAACGGAACGAUCAGCGUCUCCACUGAUAUCUCAGCAGGAGAUUGGUCUAACGCCACAACAGACGUGUCGAGUAGUGAGAUAGUGCUGCUGUCUCCGGCGCGGCAGGCUGUCAUCCUUGGAGCCGUGCAGCUGGUCGCUUCCAUGAUAGGGCUGUAUUUGGUCGAAAAAGUUGGGCGGAGGCGGCUGCUGGUGUGGGCGGCGGUGGUGACCGCCUUAUGCCUCGCGAGCGGCGGGGCGGCCGUGCUGGCGGCGCGCGGGGCCGGGGCGGGGGCCGGGGUAGCGCUCGCCGCCGCGGUGGGAGCCGACAGCGCGGGGCUGCAGACCGCGCCCUACGCGCUGCUGGCCGACAUGUUCCACUACCAGGUACUGGCGGGGCGGGCGCGGGGCGGGCGCGGGGCGGGCGCGGGGCGGGCGGCCGCCGGGGUAGCGCUCGCCGCCGCGGUGGGAGCCGACAGCGCGGGGCUGCAGACCGCGCCCUACGCGCUGCUGGCCGACAUGUUCCACUGCCAGGUACUAUCAUCAUCGCUGUACAGUAUAUAUACAACAUAA